AGGCUAAACCGGAUAUCCGUAGGUGUUCAUAGCUACAAUGUUCGGUACAAACUACACCAGUUAAUCCUCCAUUAAAAUAUUUAAGUUAUUGUCUAUCGGAACACAAUUUGACACCAAAUGCAAAAAUUUGUGUUUUGUGCACGAGUUUUCAGUAGAUUUAGGUUGCAGGCUAACGUAACGCUUGAGCCAGUACAAAUGUAAACAACGCCAUUAAGAAGACAAAGGUUCCGCCUGACACGGAAGCUAAUAGUGAGAAGCACGAAGUGAAAGAAGGGUUUGAAGCGGUGGCGUAGGGCAGCUUGUCCCCGGUUUUCAUGGAGGCACUCAACACGUUUGACACUGAGAUGGAGCCCGACGGGCAGGGAAAUUACUCUCUGUUUCCCGGUUUGGACAGUAUUGCAAGUCUGUCUGGAACUGCAGAGUCUUUAGAGAGCGAACCUCCCAGUGAAAUAGCUGAGAAACCAAACCUCACGUGGCUGGAUGCGGCACAGAUUGUGUUGGAGGAAGCCGGGCGCCCCAUGCACAUAAAAGAGAUCAAACAGAGAAUCAUCGACCGGGGACUCGUUCAAUCCAAUGCAAAAUCGAGCCUAGAGGCUGUCAUGUACCGAGAGACACAAAAAGGCAGCAGGCGAUUCAAGAGGAUUGAAAACAGAAAUGGAGUCUUUGCACUGCUGACGGACGAGGAGCGGCAGCAGGCCCUGCAGGCCUUCAGCGCGCAGGCUUUCCUCGGCUCGCCCCCGCAGAGCGCCGCCUCCGGCUCCGGCUCCAGCUCCGGCGCCUCGGCGGCCCCUCUGCUGUCCAGCGCCGGCUCGGAAAACAAACCCAAAGCCAGGAAGGGCCAGCGGAAAAACCAGAACGAAAAGUACAGACUCAAGUACCUGAGGCUGCGAAAAGCUGCCCGCGCCAUGAUAUUUGAGAACGCAGCGCUUUGCGACGAAGUUGCCCACUUAGAAGAGAAGUUUCUGAGAGCAAAGGAGGAGCGCAGGUUCCUGUUGAAGUCGUUGCUACAGUACCAGUCUCUGUCGGAGGGGGAAAUGCUGGCCGCGUCCAGCUCCGGCGCCGCCCCGCCCGUCCCGCCCACGCCGUCGUCCUCGGGGCCCGCCGCGGCGCCGGGCCUGCCGGCCGCGCACGGACUGGCAGCGUCGGUGCUGGCGGGGGAGGAGGCCCAGCUCAAAAAGCCCAAGAAGGAAAGGAAAGAGCGGGGAAGGGAAAACGGCAAGGAAGAGCCUCCAAAGAAGAUGUCGAAGAAGAGGAAGCUCGCCGACGGGUCGCGGAAGCUGGUCCAGCCCAUCCCGCUGGACUCGUCGGGCCGGCCCGUGUUUCCCAUUGUACUGGGGGGCUUAACAGUCUACAGCCUGGGAGAGAUCAUCACAGACAGAGUGUUUUUUCACGAUGAGUGUGCAAUCUACCCGGUGGGCUUCUGCAGCACGCGCGUUUUUGCCAGUAUGAAAAACCCCGAACAGCAGUGUCUCUACACCUGCCAAAUCAAGGAUGGGGGGACAGGCCCACAGUUUGAGAUCGUGCCUGAGGAGGAUCCCCAGAACGCCAUCGUGGCUUCCUCGGCUCUGACGUGCCACUCAAACCUACUGAAGGCCAUCGCGUCCAACAGCUCCAAGUCUGUGACACCCAUCGUGCCGUCGGGGGCGGACUUUUUCGGCUUCUCUCAUCCCACCAUCCAGAAUCUCAUCCAGAGUUGUCCCGGAGCUCGCAAAUGCAGCAAGUGGAUUCGUUUCGAGGUGUGUCGCCCCGGUGACGGUCAGGUCCCUCACAGCUUAUCCGAGGACGAUGCCUCGGUAAACUUUGAAGCCUACCAGAGACAACAGAGAUUUGACGGGAACGUCAAGACGGAGCACAUCGCAGCUCAGAUGCCACAAUCUCCCGGUUCCUCUCAUCAGCACCACCUGACCUCACCCACCAUGAAGCCCUCCACCUCCUACUUCAGCUCUUGAGAUUUUGGCGGCGGAACCCUCUGACAGCGAGGGCCGUACCUGAUAUCAAUCAUUCCAGGUUUUCUUCAUUUACAAAAACAAUAGAAUUGUUUCCUGGUAAUUUUUUAAAAACGUUUAAUAACUGAAAGAUUGAUGCAGAUGUUGAAAUUUGUUCGGUCAACUUUCAGACGGCCUCACAGCGCAGAGCUGAGGAUGUCUGUACAGUUCACGCUGCUCUGUAUUGAUGGUCUUUGUCUUAGAACAAUAAAACCUAUUCAAACAGACUUUUUCCUUUGCAUAUUAGCAUCUGUACCUAAUAAGUAAAAUAACACAACGUUUCUGUUCUUCUUUUAUUUGAUACAUUUGUCAUUGACGGUCCA